AUGAAAAAUAAUCAUCACGAUAAAAGCGACAUCAUAACAAAUACAGUAACAAAUCCAACAGCGGAAGCAGCUGUCCAACGAAAUAUUCAAAUACUGCGUAUAACGCUUGCUUUGACGAUUCUCUCAUUUAUUACUUUUUCAAUAAUACUUACAUCAAGUUACUGGGUGGUGCUUACGUAUCCGCCUGAUUUUUUUUUAAAAAGACACAAUCUAUAUGUUGUUCGAGCUACUUAUGGUCUCAUUUGGGAAUGUGUGGUCGGUAGACCAACACUAAAUGCUGUAUAUGACAAUAAAUGUGAUUAUCAUCAAAAUCAAGUUUUUAAUGAAUCUUCUUCAGCUGAGCAAACACUAAUAGGAAUGAUUCGUACAAUGCUUUCAUUUAGUGCCAUUCAUAUUCUUCUACUAAUAAUCACAUUUAUUUGUGGUUUAUAUAGUAUUCGUGAAUAUCGAUAUACAUAUAAAAGAUUAACAGGAAUGAUUUACAUUGUUACUGCUGCUUCUCUUCUCGUUUGUAUGGAAGCAUUAAGUAUUAUAUUUCGUCAUGUUAGUGUACAUUUACCAGAUAUGUAUCCUCCUGGUACCACGCAUUCAUAUAGUGUUUGUUUUGUUCUUUCUUGGUUAAUUGUUAUUCAAUUAGUUGCUUCAUCUUUUGUCUUUUUUAUUUGUAGUAAAAAAAGAAAAGGUACAUUUGAUGAAGCAACAGAAGAAGAGGCUAUGGCCAAUUUAACUGUUGACCUUGGUCGUAUUUAA